AUGGUUCUGCAAGCACACAUUGCAAAUUCCAGUCAGGGUGUUAGAAAGGAUGCCAUCUACAAAGCUUUGCCUUCUUCUCUUCCAGUAAAGCCGGACCCUCCAGAGAGCGUGGUGGCCAAACCUGUGCCCAAUAACCCUCGCAGGCUGGAGGUGUCAUGGCAAAACCCCUCGUCCUGGCCAGACCCUGAGUCUUUCCCACUCAAGUUCUUCUUGCGGUAUCGACCCCUCAUCCUGGACCAGUGGCAACAUGUUGAGCUGUCGGAUGGGACAUCGCACACCAUCACGGAUGCCUAUGCUGGCAAGGAGUACAUCAUCCAAGUGGCAGCCAAAGACAAUGACAUCGGCACAUGGAGCGACUGGAGCGUGGCUGUCCAUGCCACCCCCUGGACGGAGGAGCCCAAGCACCUCACCACGGAGGCGCAGAUCACAGAGACAACAAGCGCUAGCACCUCCUCUUUCAUGCCACCCCCCACCACCAAGAUCUGUGACAAGGGGGCCGUGGUGGGCAGCGGGGCCGUGGCAGUGUGUUGGACAGCUGGACUGGUCUUGGCUGCCUAUGGCAUCCUCUUUAUUUAAUCCUCAUCUGUCCGUCCAUCGCAUCCCAGCGCAGAAGACGCCUUCCCACCACCCACCGCCGCUGCCACCCCUUGCCUCGCUACCCCAUUCCCCGGGUUAAGUCUCUUUAUCUCUUCGAUUUUGCACACGUUGAGGAUGUAUCACACUUCUUGCCAUCGCUUCGGAUGAGGACAGAGCUGCUGCCGUCCCACGGGGAGUCACAAAAUCCUCUCCCAGCCCGGAGCGAGGAGACGCACUUGUCCCCCCCUCUAUCCCCAUGCCCCUUUUCCCAAGCAAGACAAAGCAAGCCCGGUCACCGUGCUGCAGCUGAGGACCCCGCUCAUACAGCUAACCCCCCCCACGCCAAAGACGUGCCCGCCACCCUGACACCCACCCAGGUGACAGGGAGCAUGACGGUGCACGGAGAAAAGGGGAUAUGAAAAUGGGGGGGGUGGUGAGGGGAAUGAUGCUCCCAGCUGUGGACCCCCCUAUGGAAGAAGAGGGUCCCCCCAAGGACCGGACUCGCUCCCCUGAGCUCGUGACCGCGUGGUGAAGCUGAAGGGGUGAAUGGGUUGGAGAGGGGUCUUGAUCUCCUCCGAGGGGAUGGAUGAUGGAGGGAAGAACUGGUGGCUUUCAAAAGUGUGGUUGGGAGCAGGGAGCUGGCAGGGUUUUAAUGGGAAAGAAAGGAGGAAAUUAAAUACCAAUAAAACCCCCCUGCCCCUUGCUGAGCGCCUGGAGCUGCCCCUCUGGCUCCCCCCCCUACCCAGCACCCUGCAGGAGCCUUCAUCACCCUCAAGCCCACAUCACCAACAAACUUUUAACCACAUUGGAUACAGGGAAUCGCCCUCGUUGACGUAUUUGUCUCACUCCCCAACAAAAGCAGCAUAGCUCUGCUGUUGCCUUUAGAGCUGGAGCCCUGCAGACCUGUCCCCCGCUGUCCCCUGCUGUCCCCAGCUGUCCCUGUGCCUGCUCUGCUCUCCAUCCUGCCCCAAGCCCUGUUUUGUAAAGACACCACCUCUUGCCCCUGCCUGGACCCAAGCGCAGUAUUUAAUACCGUACGUCCUAGUAUUCCCACUGUUGACAUGCUGUAUUUGAAUUUUUUAUAGAUGUAUAUAUAUAAAAAACAAAAAAAAAAAAUCAAAAAAAAAAAUAGAGGGGAUAAAAAUAAGCUCACACAGAGACAACGCACACAUGCGCACACACACAUGCACCAGGAGAGACCGUCUUCAUUAAAUGAUCAUUUCAUGAUGUGUAGCA